AUGCCUUUUAAAGCAUUUGAUACCUUCAAAGAAAAAAUUUUGAAACCUGGAAAGGAAGGAGUGAAGAACGUCGUGGGAGAUUCGCUGGGCAUUUUACAAAGAAAAAUUGAUGGGACCAACGAGGAAGAAGAUAAUACUGAGCUGAAUGAAGAAGGAAGGCCAGUGCAGACUUCCAGGCAGAGACCUCCACUCUGCAACUGCCAGUGCUGUGGCAUCCCCAAGCGUUACAUCAUUGCCAUUAUGAGUGGGCUGGGAUUCUGCAUUUCCUUUGGGAUUCGCUGCAAUCUUGGAGUUGCCAUCGUGGAAAUGGUCAACAAUAGCACUGUAUAUGUUGAUGGAAAACCAGAAAUUCAGACAGCACAGUUUAACUGGGAUCCAGAGACAGUGGGCCUUAUCCAUGGAUCUUUUUUCUGGGGUUAUAUUGUGACACAAAUUCCAGGUGGUUUCAUUUCAAAUAAGUUUGCUGCUAACAGGGUCUUUGGAGCCGCCAUUUUCUUAACAUCAACUUUGAACAUGUUCAUUCCUUCUGCAGCCAGAGUGCAUUACGGCUGUGUCAUGUGUGUCAGAAUUUUGCAAGGUCUAGUGGAGGGUGUGACCUACCCAGCCUGCCAUGGGAUGUGGAGUAAGUGGGCACCACCUUUGGAGAGAAGCCGACUGGCCACAACCUCUUUUUGUGGUUCCUAUGCGGGGGCAGUGAUUGCCAUGCCUCUGGCUGGGGUGUUGGUACAGUACAUUGGAUGGGCCUCUGUCUUUUAUAUUUAUGGUAUGUUUGGGAUUAUUUGGUACACAUUUUGGCUGCUGCAGGCUUAUGAGUGUCCCGCUGCUCACCCAACCAUAUCCAGUGAGGAGAGGACCUACAUAGAAACAAGUAUAGGAGAAGGAGCCCAUGUGGUUAGUCUCAGUAAAUUUAACACACCGUGGAAAAGAUUUUUCACAUCGUUGCCAGUUUAUGCAAUCAUUGUGGCAAAUUUUUGCAGAAGCUGGACCUUUUAUUUGCUGUUAAUAAGUCAGCCUGCUUAUUUUGAAGAGGUCUUUGGAUUUGCAAUAAGUAAGGUGGGUCUCCUGUCAGCAGUCCCACACAUGGUUAUGACCAUCAUUGUGCCGAUUGGAGGACAAUUGGCUGAUUACUUAAGAAGCAGAAAAAUUUUGACCACAACUGCUGUCAGAAAAAUCAUGAACUGUGGAGGUUUUGGCAUGGAAGCAACCCUACUCCUGGUGGUUGGCUUUUCCCAUACCAAAGGGGUGGCCAUCUCCUUUCUGGUGCUUGCUGUAGGAUUUAGUGGCUUUGCUAUUUCAGGUUUUAAUGUCAACCACCUGGACAUUGCCCCGCGCUAUGCCAGCAUUCUCAUGGGCAUCUCAAAUGGAGUGGGAACCCUCUCUGGAAUGGUCUGUCCCCUCAUUGUUGGUGCAAUGACCAAGCACAAGACUCGUGAGGAAUGGCAGAAUGUGUUCCUCAUAGCCGCCCUGGUGCACUACAGUGGUGUGAUCUUCUAUGGGGUCUUUGCUUCUGGAGAGAAACAGGAAUGGGCUGACCCGGAGAAUCUCUCUGAGGAGAAGUGUGGAAUCAUUGACCAAGAUGAAUUAGCUGAGGAGACAGAACUCAACCACGAGAAUUUUGCAAGUCCCAAAAAGAUGUCUUAUGGUGCCACCACCCAGAAUUGCGAAAUUCAGAAGAAGAAAUGGAGAGAACAGAGAGGAAUGACCCUCGAUGAGGAAGAGCUGACAUCCUACCAGAAUGAAGAAGGAAACUUCUCAGACACAGCCUAGUGUCUGAAGGGCAUUUCCAUCUUCUCCUCACCUUAGAACCAGAAAGUAUCCAUACCUAUUGCUUUCCCAUAGCCUGGCUUACUAGAGAGCCAAAUAUGGGGAUUCUGAAGGUAGGAGAGGGAGGAAAAGAAACCUAAUCAGCAAUAGAGGAGAGAAAAGAAAAAUAUCUUGCAAUGACACUUGUGGGUAUGGAGCUUGCUGUCAGUUGACAAAAUGGGUAUAAAAAUAUAAUAUUUUUGGAUUGGUUGUUGACUCUUCUCAAAGGAGAGUUCUCAAAGGGACUGAACUUGCUCAGAAAGGAAUGACUAGAAGAAUAAAGGAGACAAUACCAUGCUGUGCAAAGAAAAAUCAAAGGAAUUUAGCAUAUUUUGCCUGAAGGAGAGAGAACAAGAGCUGACACCGCAUUUCUGAGGGCAGCCAUGCAGAAGAGGGUUUCCUAUUCCUAGUGAAGGCUACUGCUCAUGGGGACCCUGCAUCAUGCCAGGUGCUUUAUAAGCAUUCUCAUUUAAUUUACACACUGCUAUGACAUACGUUUCUUAUCUUCAUUUUACAACCAAGGAAGCUAAAGCAACAGGACAUUGAUUUGUCAGAGGGCCAGGGCUGAGAUUCAUUGGGUCCAAAAUAGGUGGCAGUUUUGGGGAAGAAGUUUUCACCUCAAUGUAGAGAGGCACGUUUUUUAAAUAACGAAAACUGAAAAUGGAGAGGGUUAUCUUGUGGAUAAUUCCCUAUUUUGGUAUGCACGGGGAAUGGGAAACAUUUGGGUGGAUGUGGCAGAAAGCAUUGUUAUUGUAUGAGGGACUGGAUGCAAAGAUCCUGGGUUCAGAGAGAGGUUAGAAGACAAAAAAGAAAAGAAAAGAACACAGAAAGAAAAGAAAAGAAAAACAGAGAAGGAACAAUAAGGAACAAUAAAAAAGAAAAAAGCUAAAUAAGAUGGCUAAAUUUCUAGGAAUCUGGUGUCCAGGAUGGCUAAGAAGGGCUUGGCUGAAUUCAACCCUUAAUAAUAUCAAGAAUGUAGUUAAAUAAAUACUGUCCCAAAUUACUCAUACAUCUUUAAGACUUUUAGUAAUUUAAGAAGUUGGUUCCCGUAUUGUAUUAGGUAAAAUUCUCUUGAAAGAGUCUUCUGUUUUAAAAAAUGUAUGUCUUUAGCCAUUUCUGCUCAUCAUACUUGGAAGUUUGAUCAAACUAUGCACAACUGUGAUUGAAGUAUUCCUAAUGGCUGUAUUUGGGAUGUUAUUGAGGAAAACCACAAUCUUAUGGCAGUAAUCAUAUAGGGAAAUGAAACAUAAGCAUGAAAGAAAACACUUGUGACAACUAGACCGACAGUGUUGAAAAAUUCAUCUUUAAUCUCAUACGGCAAUAACAUGGAUACUCUCUGGAUAAAUUUUAAAAUUUAAUGACAUUUUAAAAUUUAAA